AUGUCCCAAACUACCGCCCCCUUACCUAGCCGUUCUCUGAGCGAGCCUCUGUAUAUAUCGCCAUUGGCUCAAUAUCUGGACCGCUUCAAUCCCAAGUCGCCUCGAACGGCCGUGAUAGAAUCCGUGCCGGACCCGGAAUCCUCAGUAUCAGAUGACCCCAAGGAGAAUAGCAUGAAGACAGAGGCUCUCUCGAAACGGAUCGCAAUCAUCGGCGGCGGCAUAUCUGGGAUUGCGGCAUACUGGGCUUUGCGGAACACCGUCCAUAAUGUUGAUCUUUUUGAGCAGACUAAUGACCUUGGUGGUCUUACGCAACCGAUUCGCGCUGGCACUGGUCUGAACACUGUACAUGUUAAUAAAGGUUUCAUCAAUUUCUUUUCUGGGGCCUCACCCAAUUUGAUAAACUUCAUUCGAUGUUUGAAAAUAUCUUGCAUCAAAACAUUGUGCAACUUUUCCGUCAAAAAGGUGAAUAGCAACGUUUACUUUGAUAUGAGCUUCAAUUCAGUCAGAGCGGUAGCUUCGCACCUGCAUGAUUGGUUGAGAUUGGACGCUUGGAGAUUGUAUGUCGAUAUCUGGAGGUUUCACUACUUCUGCCGAGAUCUUUUGAGGCGCAGAGCCGAAGGCGAAAACCAUUUUCAACCACUAGUUGGAAGCAGACUUGCGAUACGGGAUACUGUUGGCAAUUACUUAAACGAACAUCGCUACUCAAGGAUUUUCUUGGAGAACUAUCUCCUGCCUAUGGCCCAGGUUGUCUGGAACGUCCAAUCCGAACAAGAUCUUCGUGAUCUCCCGGUCCAGCACUUUGUCAACUUUUUCUGGAGCUCUGGGUUCCUGACUUGGCCUCAAACUGCGUGGAUUAUCAAGCCAGACGAUAAAGCUGAAAGAAAGAUUAAGAAGCGCAUUCGAACUUCGUUUAAGAAUAGGAAAACUAUUCACCUCAGGUCCAAAAUAACGUCAGUGGAGGUGAUCCGUGACAAAGACUCCUCAAAAUUAUCUGUCACGGCCCUUGGAGCUGGACAUCUGUUAUACGACUACGUUAUCUUUGCAGUUCCUCCUGAAGAAGCUCUUCGUCUCCUGUCCACUGGAGCUUCACAGGAAGAACGGCAGAUUUUAGGUGCUUUUGAAACCACUAAAACAGAUACAUGGCUGCAUUCGGAUUCGAGCUUUGUAUCAACUGGAAAGACUUCGGCAACACGGAGGGUCGACAUCUAUUAUUCUGCGGUUCUUGGGCUGGCUAUGGAUUGCACGAGGAUGGCGUUCGAAGCGCCUUUCGGCUCACAAUGA